AUGACCAAAGAACAACCGCCAACGAAAACCCACCCCGAAGCGCAACCGCCAGCGCCAGCGCAAUCUCUGCCACAACCACAGAAACCAGAAGCAGAGCCACACACCAGCCCCAACACACCAACAGACAAAACCGCAACCACAAUCACAACCGUACCCAUUACAAUUACCAUGGCCAACCCCCGCCGAGCCCUCUUCAUAGCCUCAAUAGGCAACCAAAAACCCUACCGCACAACCCGCCAUAGCGCAGGCCACAUCCUCCUCGACGCCCUAACACCCCUCCUAAACACCACGCCCGCUCCUCUCCCCUUCACCUCAUACACAACAUGGUACAGCCCGUCAUUCAUGAACGAAUCUGGUCCAAAACUCGUUCGUCAGUUGCAGAGGUGGUUUGAGAAAAUUGACCAGGGCAAAAGCCAAGGCCAGGGUUCGCAGUGGAUUUCUUCGUCUGGGGUUGCUUUGCCUUUGGGUGGAGAUACUACCACUCCUACUUCUGCUGGCGUUGGUGGAGGCAUGCCCGCUACACUGGUAAUCCUCCACGACGAACUCGAACAACCACUCGGCAAAAUCCGCGUGAAGCGCGGCGGACCUGAGGCGUCGAGUCUACGGGGUCAUCGGGGGUUGAUUAGUGUUUGUGAGAGUUUGAGGGGGAAGGGGUUAUAUCCUUCUAAGAGUGGGGUUGCUGGUGGCAGCAACGGGAAGGGGAAAGGUGGUGCUCGGCGAGAUUUGUCGAUUCUGAGGGUUGGCGUCGGUAUUGGGAGGCCGGAGAGUCGGGGGAAGAAUGCUGUUGCGGAUUAUGUUUUGACGGAGAUGGAUGGUAGGGAGAUGGAGGCUGUUAAGAAGGCGGCUGGGCAUGUUGUUGGUGUUUUGGAGGAGGAGACUGUUUUUGAGGGGUGA